AUGCGAGCGAACACGAACGAGACCCUCGCGACCCUCACCGAGAAUGCUUCACCGGCCACUCUUGUUCCAGAGAGGACCUUCGCAGCAUCACAUUCCAGAGAACGAAGUCUAUCUGCAGCACGAAGUGGCCGAAGUCGUGCUGCGAGCGAGGCUACUCUGGCACCUCCAUCCACAUCUGCUAGUGCUUCGGUACAUAGCGGGACCAGUGCAUUCACGUUAGAGAACUCGUUACACCCAGAUGCACUGAAGCCUGACCCGGGCUGUGAGAAGGACUUCGCCGUUUUGAACAACAAGUUCGCCUUCUCGCCUGGAAUGUUGAACAAAAUGCUGAAUCCCAAGUCCCUCGCUGCAUUCAUAGCGCUCGGUGGCCUUCCCGGUCUCGAAACCGGCCUCCGCACCGAUGUAGACUCUGGACUGAGCAUCGACGAAACAGAGCUUCCAGGCUCGGUUUCCUUCGAAGAGGUUACGAAGCAAUACCGAAAGCUCCGCGGCACCGAUAAUUCAGCACUCCCCCGGCCCGUCGAAGUGCGUCAUGUCGAUGUUACUGAGUCUGGGCCUUCCGGAUCGGGCUCCGGAUCCCACGCUGGUGAAGCCUUUUACGAUCGCAAGAGGGUGUUCAGCGACAAUCGGCUUCCUACGAAGAAGCCGGUUUCAUUCUUCAUGCUUAUGUGGCAGGCUUAUUAUAAGGAGAGCGUACUGAUCCUACUUACGGUAGCGGCUGUUAUUUCCUUGGCACUCGGACUGUACGAGACAUUCGGAGUAGACCAUGGACCUGGGGCACCUCCAUCCGUUGAUUGGAUUGAAGGCUGUGCCAUCUGCGUCUCCAUCGUAGUGGUGGUCAUGGUCGGUGCUGUCAACGACUAUCAAAAAGACCGUGCCUUCAUCCGCCUAAACGCAAAGAAAGAAGCCCGUGACCUGAAAGUAAUCCGCUCCGGAAAAUCCUUCACCAUCUCAGUCUACGACGUCUUGGUUGGCGAUGUGCUCCACCUCGAACCUGGGGAUCUAAUUCCCGCAGACGGCAUCUUUAUCUCCGGACAUAAUGUCAAAUGCGACGAGUCUUCGGCUACUGGUGAAUCUAACCAGAUGAAGAAAACGAGUGCAGAGCAGGUUUUGCGGCUUCUUGAGCGUGGUCACAGUGACUCGAAAGACCUCGACCCGUUCAUCAUCUCGGGUAGCAAGGUGCUUGAAGGUGUAGGAACCUACCUGGUCACUUCAGUCGGUGUGAACUCCAGCUAUGGCAAGAUCCUCAUGGCCAUGCGCCAGGACAUGGACCCUACCCCCCUUCAAGUGAAGCUGGACGGGCUGGCGAAGGGCAUUGCCAAACUCGCGACAGCCGGUUCAUUCCUUUUGCUACUCAUCCUUCUUUUCCGCUUGGUUGCAACAUUUCCAGGAAGUCCUCUUGGUCCCGCCGAGAAGGCUUCUAGGUUCAUGGACAUCCUUAUCGUUUCCGUCACCAUCAUCGUUGUGGCUGUUCCCGAAGGUCUUCCCCUGGCUAUCGCUCUUUCUCUCGCUUUCGCGACGACUCAGAUGGUGAAGAUGAACAACCUCGUGCGAAUCUUGAAGUCCUGCGAGACCAUGGGAAACGCCACAGAUGUAUGUUCCGACAAGACCGGGACCCUCACUCAGAACAAGAUGACAGUUGUCACGGGCACAUUCGGCGAGGAUUCCUUCGAUGACAAGAACACCGGAUCUACUGCCGGCAGGUCAGCGGAAUUCGCGCAACGACUGACUGCUGCUCAGAAACGUCUCCUUAUCGAGUCCAUUGCAAUUAACUCCACUGCGUUCGAAGGUGACGGAGGAGAGUUCGGCUUCGUCGGAUCCAAAACUGAGACUGCCUUGCUCGGUUUUGCGAAGAAUGUUCUCGGAAUGGGCUCCCUUUCUCAAGAACGGACCCAAGCCCAGGUUGUGCAGAUGCUGCCUUUUGACUCUGGCCGCAAAUGCAUGGGAGCUGUGCAGAAACUGACCGACGGAACUUAUCGUCUCUUGGUUAAGGGGGCCAGUGAGAUUCUCCUUUCUUAUUCGACUGCUCUUGCGCUCCCAACCGGCGACGUCCCCAUGGACACCACCCAGGUCACGCGCAUCACAGAGGUUAUCGAAAGCUACGCUAAGCAGUCACUGCGCACCAUUGGCAUCAUCUACAAGGACUUCCAACAGUGGCCGCCUCGUGGUGCAGAGAAUCCGGAUGAUCCAUCCACGGCGGCCGAUCUCGGAUCCCUUCUGAAAGGUAUGACUUUCAUUGGGGUUGUUGGUAUUCAAGAUCCCAUUCGUCCGGGCGUCCCCGAAGCGGUUGCCAAGUGCAAGCACGCAGGAGUCAAAGUGCGUAUGGUUACUGGCGACAAUGUUGUGACUGCUAAGGCGAUUGCUACGGACUGUGGCAUUUAUACUGAUGGAAUCAUCAUGGAAGGACCUUCCUUCAGAAAACUCAGCGAGUCCGAUUUGGACGCUAUUUUUCCCCGGCUGGAGGUCCUGGCCCGCUCAUCGCCUGAAGAUAAGAGGAUUUUGGUGACCAGACUCAAGCAACUCGGCGGUAUCGUGGCCGUCACAGGUGAUGGUACCAACGACGGUCCAGCGCUGAAGGCUGCGGAUAUUGGCUUCUCCAUGGGUAUUGCAGGCACUGAGGUGGCGAAAGAGGCAUCGUCUAUUAUCCUUAUGGAUGAUAACUUUGCGUCUAUUAUCGUUGCGCUUAUGUGGGGUCGCUCUGUGAACGAUGCGGUGCAGAAGUUUCUGCAGUUCCAGAUCACAGUGAACAUCACGGCAAUGGUGGUUGCAUUCAUUUCCGCUGUCGUUGAUCCCUAUAUGCGCUCCGUCCUCACCGCAGUGCAGCUCCUUUGGAUCAACCUCUUUAUGGACUCUCUCGCCGCGCUCUCCCUCUCCACCGACUUCCCUACCGACGAGAUUCUCAACCGCCCCCCAACUCCCCGUCACGCCUCCAUCAUCUCCCUCACCAUGUGGAAAAUGAUCAUCGGCCAGGCCAUCUACCAGAUUGUUGCAACCUUCAUCUUACACUUCGCCGGCCCCAAGUUCCUGCCCUACCCUGAAAAGGAAAUGCGCUCCCUCAUCUUCAACAUGUUCGUCUGGCUGCAGAUCUUCAACCAGUACAACAACCGUCGAUUGGACAACAAGCUCAACAUCUUCGUCAACAUCCACAAGAAUUACUACUUCAUCGGUCUCAACCUCAUCAUGGUGGGAUGCCAGAUCGCCAUCGUCUUCUUCGGUUCCACCGCCUUCAGCAUCACCGCGCUCAACGGCCCACAGUGGGCUAUCAGCGUCGUUAUCGCGCUCCUGUGCAUUCCUUGGGGAGUAUGCGUCCGUCUAUUCCCGGACGCCUGGUUCGAGGUCGGCGCCAAGUUCGUCGGGAAACCGUUCGUCGUUGUGUACCGCCCGCUGUCCAGAAUGACGAGUAUCGUCAUGGAGAGGGUGAAGCCGAAGAAGUGGCAGAAGGACGCGAAUGAAAAGGGAAAAGAUGUCGAGGGCAGUGAUGACGGGAGCUAUGUGGGGAAUGGGAAGUCGCCUGCUCGGACCAUCUCUGUGAGCGGGGACCCUGAGAAGGGAGUUCUGUAA